UCUACUCACUGGUUUCAAUUAUAUAUAGAAGGAUUUAAGGGAUAUAAGGGGCAUUAGGAAGUAUUGAAGCGUUAAAAAAUGGCUUCUUCGAUGAUGAUCUCGUCCGCUACCGCGACGGUGGCCCGAUCAACGGCUCCGGCGCAGGCAGCCGUGGUGGCUCCAUACACCGGUUUGAAGUUUGCAGCUGGCUUGCCCACCGCCCGCCCGCCACAAACCUCAACCACCUCGAGCAAUGGCGGCCGGGUCCAGUGCAUGCAGGUGUGGCCCAUUGAGGGAAAGAAGAAGUUUGAGACACUGUCAUACCUCCCUCCACUUACUCUUGAACAAUUGCUGAAGCAGAUUGAUUAUCUUAUCCGUUCCGGAUGGAUUCCCUGCUUGGAAUUCUGCAAGGCUGGAUUUGUGUACAGGGAAUAUCAUAGGUCACCAGGAUAUUAUGACGGGCGGUACUGGACGAUGUGGAAGCUGCCGAUGUUUGGAUGCACCGAUGCAACACAAGUGGUGAAAGAGCUGGAAGAGUUGAAAAAAGCAUAUCCGGAUGCCUUCGCUCGAAUUAUUGGGUUCGAUAAUGUUCGUCAAGUGCAAUGCAUCAGUUUCAUAGCCUAUAAGCCUCCAAGCAAAGAAUAUAAUCCUUGAGAUUAUUGUUCUACUUUGAUACUUGUCCAUGGUGUUCUCCAAAUUUUUUAGGGUUUAAGACCCUUUUUUUAUGUUGGUUUUCUAUGUUGCUUUUGUGUAUCUCUGUUUUGGAACUAAGAAUCAGUUGAGUCAUAUUCUGUGUUGUUGAAUGUCAUUGCAUUGUUCUUA